CGCGCCCUGAAGGAGACCCUGCGUCCGGCCAGCAGCGCUGGACCCCGCGUCCCCGUGCAGGCGCCCCCGGAGGCGGCCGAGGAGGUGCCCGAGCCCAGCUGCUGGGGGUCCCACCUGAAUCGGGCUGUCACCCAGAGUCUCCCCGCUGCUGCCGGGCCGAGCCCUCGCGGGUCUGUGCCGGACUAUGGGAAGCGGCUCAAGGCGAACCUGAAGGACGCUCUGCAGGCUGGGCCAGCCCUGCGCCGAAUACCCCGGCCUCCGCAAAGACCCCCACCCACGGUGCCUUCCCCAGGGCUGCCAGCUGCAGGGGCUUCCCCCAAGUCUCCUGAAGAAGUCAGUGAGGUGCUGCCCCAGCUCCCCAGGCCCCAGCUAAGGCCAGGCCGGCUCCAGCAGCUGCAGGAGUCCCUGAGCCUGCGGCUGGGCUCCCUCGACCCUGGCUGGCUACAGAGGUGUCACAACGAGACCCAAGGUUUUCUGGGGACUUCUGAGGCCUGCCAGCCUGUCCCGGGUACAGAGGAGCCACCGCCCCUGACUUCAGGUGUUCCCUCUGAUCCUGGCCCCAGCACAGGCCCUGAGGCACCUUUUCUGGGCUCAGAGGCUCCAGCUAUGAAGGUACCUGGGGUCAGUGCAGGGAACCCCCUACUGGGCAGCAGUCAAGGCAAGAAGCGGAGAAAGAGUGGGGAGCUAAAGGGGACCGCUGCUGCACAGGCCCAUCAGCACAGCAGCCAAGAAGGCUCCCCGCCAGAGGGAGCUAGGGCUGUACUGCACGCAGAAGACUGUCCAGGGGAGCCCAUGCAAGCGCAGCUCCUCACCGGCCCCUCAGCCCCCAGGCCAGCUGUCCGGGACAGGGGUAAUUACGUUCGGCUCAACCUGAAGCAGAAACGCUAUGUUCGGGGCCCAGCCCUGCGUGGCAGACUCCUCCGAAAGCAGGCAUGGAAGCAGAAAUGGAAGAAGAAGGCAGAACGCUUGGGGGGUGGUCAGCCCAACGCCCCAGUCAAGGAUUCUUGCUUCCGGUGUGGGCAGCUCGGCCACUGGGCAUCCCAGUGCCCCAGACCAGGCCCAAAACCUACCCGGGUCCCCAAGAAGGAGGGUGGCGAAGAGGAAGAUGACGUGCAGAUGCUGCCCACGUUAGAGGCAGUAGCCCAGAGGACACACCCUGCCUGCGGCCAGCUCCGUGGUGAGGAAGAUACAGAUCCUGCUGGGUCUGAGUUGCUAGUGCCCAUGGAGGCACCUGUGCCUGGGGGACCCUGCCCGUCCCCAGCUGUGCCGCCACUCUACCUACCGGGUCCCUUGGGGCAGGUGGCAGCGACGCCAGUUGAGGUGUUGCAGGCCCUGGAGCAGCUGGGGCACCGAGCCUUCCGCCCUGGGCAGGAGCACGCAGUCAUGCGAAUCCUGUCUGGCAUGUCCACACUGCUGGUGCUGCCCACCGGUGCCGGCAAGUCCCUGUGCUACCAACUCCCUGCGCUGCUCUACGCCCAGCGAAGCCCCUGUCUCACGCUGGUCAUCUCUCCUCUCCUGUCCCUCAUGGACGACCAGGUGUCCGGCCUGCCCCGAGGCCUGAAGGCGGCUUGUGUACACUCGGGCAUGACGAGGAAGCAGCGAGACGCCGCCCUGCAGAGGGCUCGGGCAGGCCAGGUACACGUGCUGAUGCUGUCACCCGAGGCAUUGGUUGGAGCUGGGACCGGGAGCCCUGCCUGCCUCACUCAGCUGCCCCCAGUGGCCUUUGUCUGUAUUGAUGAAGCCCACUGCCUCUCUCAGUGGUCCCACAACUUCAGACCCUGCUAUCUACGUGUCUGCAAGGUGCUGCGGGAAAGCCUGGGCGUGCGCUGCUUCCUGGGUCUCACAGCCACAGCCACACGCAGCACCACUCUCGACGUGGCCGAGCACCUGGGCAUAGCCAAGGAGGGUGUCCUCAGGGGACCGGUCACCAUCCCUGCCAACCUGCACCUUUCUGUGUCCAUGGACAGGGACCCAGACCAGGUAGGUAUGCACACACCCGGUGGAGGCUUUGUUUCCCGACUGUCCACGCUGACCACUGUCCCUUGCCAGGCUCUGGUGACACUGCUGCGGGGGGACCGCUUCCGCACCCUGGACUCCGUCAUCGUCUACUGCAACCGGCGUGAGGACACUGAGCGUGUCUCCGCUCUGCUGCGCACCUGUUUGCCCGAGGCCAGGGCUCCCGGGCCUGGAGGCCGGGCCCCGGAGGCUAUGGCUGAAGCCUACCACGCUGGCAUGUGCAGCCGGGAGCGGCGGCGGGUGCAGCGGGCCUUCAUGGAGGGCCGGUUGCGGGUGGUCGUGGCCACAGUGGCCUUUGGGAUGGGAUUGGACCGGCCAGAUGUGCGGGCUGUGCUGCACCUGGGGCUGCCCCCGAGUUUUGAGAGCUACAUUCAGGCCGUGGGCCGGGCUGGGCGUGAUGGGCAGCCCGCACAGUGCCACCUCUUCCUGCAGCCCCAGGUUGGUGCCCACCAGCUCGAACUCCCUCCCACCCCCCAGUGCCACGGCCACACGCUCACAGCUGUCCUGCUGCAGGGCGAGGACCUUCGGGAGCUGCGCAGACACGUGCAUGCCAACGCCAUUGACUUCCUUGCUGUGAAGAAGCUGGUGCAGCGUGCAUUCCCGCCCUGCACCUGUGCCCAGCGGCGGUCUGAGCAGGAGGGAGGCGAGAGACAGGAAGGAGGCGAGCGACAGGAGGGAUGCUCCUCCAAGCAACCCAGCCAUGAGCCAACAGCCCGGUGCCCGGGCCACAAGCGGGCACUCCCAGUGCAGCCGACAGUGCAGGCUCUGGACAUGCCUGAGGAGGUCAUUGAGACUCUUCUGUGCUACUUGGAGCUGCACCCACAGCACUGGCUGGAGCUGCUGGCACCCACCUACACUCGCUGCUGCGUGCGAUGCCCUGGGGGCCCCACCCAGCUCCAGGCCCUGGCCAGCAGGUGUGUCCCCUUGGCUGCGUGCUUGGCCCAGCAGCUGCCUGGGAACACAGGUGGGGGAAGCAGCACUGUGGAGUUUGACGUGGUCGAGCUGGUGGACUCCAUGGGCUGGGAGCUGGCCCCUGUGCGGAAGGCCCUCCACCAACUGCAGUGGGACCCAGAGCCCAGGAAAGGUGUGCCUCGGGGCACAGGGGUGCUGGUGGAGUUCAGCGAGCUGGCCUUCUACCUGCACAGCCCUGGAGACCUGACCGCCCAGGAAAAGGACCAGAUCUGUGGCUUCCUUCAUGACCGAGUGCAGGCCAGAGAGCGGGAGGCCCUGGCCUGCCUGCGCCUUAUGUUCCAGGCCUUUCACAGCGUAGCCUUCCCCAGCUGCGGGCCAUGCUUGGAGAAGCCGGACGAUGACCGCAGCACCAGGCUCAAGGCCCUGCUCAGCCACUACUUUGAGGAAGAGGGGCCAGGGGGUGAGGAGGAAGCACAGGGCCCAGAGCCGGGACAGGCCAAGCUCCAGGACUGGGAGGACCAGAUCCGCAGGGACGUCCGCCACUUCCUGUCCUCGUGGCCAGAGCAGCAGUUCUCAGGCAGGGCUGUGGCCCGCAUCUUUCAUGGCAUCGGAAGCCCCUGCUUUCCAGCCCAGGUGUAUGGACGGGACCGGCGCUUCUGGAGGAAGUACCUGCACCUGAACUUCCACGCCCUGGUCAAGCUGGCCACCGAGGAGAUCCUGCUGUGGGGCCGCUGACACCUGGCCGCGGGCAGGCCCUGUCCCCCAUGUCAGACACAGGUGUGAACAGGCCCAUGGAGAGUGGCAGGUGCAAGGCCCAAGACGAGGGGCUAUCAGUGGCUGGGACAGUGACUGACCUCCUUGGACAAAGCCUACUGCCCGGAAUGUGGGCACAAGGAGGCCCCAAAGUACAAAAUAAAAGAUGGUGGC